AUGACACCAUCAGCGACUGGCGGAAACGCCAACGGCGCUCCCAAGGAGGAGGGUCUCGGCCAGGCCUUCACACAGCAAGUCAUCGACUCUUUCGGUCCCAAGACUGACCCUCGUCUGAAGGAGGUCAUGACAUCUUUCAUCCAGCACAUGCACGACUUUGCCCGCGAGACACAACUCACUUGCGAUGAGUGGAUGUCUGCUGUCAAGAUGAUCAACUGGGCUGGACAAAUGAGCAACGACAAGAGAAAUGAGGGUCAAUUGAUGUGCGACGUUAUUGGUCUCGAGAGUCUUGUUGAUGAUAUUACACACCGUCAAGCAGCCAAGAAUGGCGUGGCAGCAACUGAGACUGCUAUCCUGGGUCCCUUCUGGCGACAUGAUACCCCUACUCGUGAGAAUGGCACCACAAUUACUUUCGACACUCCCAGCGACGGUGUUGUCGCCUACCUCUACGGUACCGUGACAUCAGCGGCUACUGGAAAGCCCAUCCCCAAUGCCUCUGUCGAGGUUUGGCAAGCAUCCACCAACGGCCUCUACGAGCAGCAGGAUGAGAAGCAGGUUGAGCACAACCUCCGUGGCAAGUUCAUCACCGACGACCAGGGUCGAUACUCCUUCUACUGCCUACGACCUACUCCUUAUCCCGUUCCUGACGAUGGCCCCGCUGGCCAGCUUCUCCACCUCCUCGACCGCCACCCUUUCCGCCCUGCCCAUCUGCACUUCAUGGUGAUUGCUGAGGGUCACAAGUCUAUUGUUACUCAGAUCUUUGAUUCUGACUCAGGAUAUCUCGAGAACGAUAGUGUCUUCGCUGUCAAGGAUGGCCUAACAGUGAAGUUCGUGCCACGAAAAGGAGAUCCCAAGGCUGAGUGGGAGCUGGAGUACAACAUGAGCCUGUCAAACGAUUCAUAG